ACAAAGAUAAACUACAUCAAAAUGACUACAUACACAGCCUUGAGAGCCCUUCUGACGCCACUCUUCAGAGACGUCGCGAGGAAGGCAUGGAUUUCUGGGCCGCAGAAGGUGAUUUCCUGCCAAACCAGAGGCUAUGCCGAGAAGAAGGUGUUCCAGCGUGUGAAACCUCACUGCAAUGUGGGGACUAUUGGCCAUGUGGACCAUGGAAAGACUACCUUAACAGCUGCAAUCACUCGAGUACUGGCAGACAAAGAUCUGGCUGAAUCCCGGAAAUACACGGAUAUCGACAAUGCCCCUGAGGAGAAAGCCCGUGGAAUCACAAUAAAUGUUGCUCAUAUUGAGUACCAAACCGAUACCAGACACUAUGGGCAUACAGAUUGUCCUGGACAUGCCGAUUACAUCAAGAACAUGAUCACCGGAACAGCCCAAAUGGACGGAGCGAUUCUCGUUGUUGCUGCCACGGAUGGAGCAAUGCCCCAGACACGGGAGCAUCUGCUCCUGGCCAAGCAGAUCGGCAUCAACUACAUCGUCGUCUUCAUCAAUAAAGUCGAUGCUGCUGAUCAGGAAAUGGUUGAACUGGUUGAAAUGGAAAUCCGGGAAUUGAUGACAGAGAUGGGCUUCGAUGGAGACAACGUGCCAGUGGUCAAAGGCAGUGCCCUAGCUGCCCUCGAGGGCAAAGAUCCGGAGAUUGGAGCGAAUGCUAUACUGAAGCUUCUCGAGGAAGUGGACAGAUUUAUCCCAACUCCCGAGCGAGAUCUCGAUAAACCCUUCCUGCUGCCCGUGGAGAAUGUCUACAGCAUCCCUGGAAGGGGAACUGUAGUCACGGGACGCCUGGAAAGGGGCACCCUGAAGAAGGGAUCCGAAUGCGAAUUUGUCGGCUACAACAAAACUUUCAAGUCCACAGUCACGGGAGUUGAGAUGUUCCACCAAAUCCUGGAGGAGGCUCAUGCAGGUGAUCAGCUGGGAGCUCUUGUCCGUGGAAUCAAGAGGGACGAAAUUAAGCGCGGAAUGGUGAUGGCAAAGCCAGGAACUGUCAAAGGAUACGAUCAUUUUGAGAGCCAGGUUUACAUUCUCAACAAAGAAGAAGGUGGACGCUCCAAGCCCUUCACCAACUUCAUCCAGCUUCAGAUGUUCUCACGCACCUGGGACUGUGCCACGCAAGUGACAAUCCCAGGCAAGGAUAUGGUGAUGCCAGGAGAAGAUGCCAAGCUCGAUAUGCGCCUGAUUCGGCCGAUGGUGCUCGAACAGGGACAGAGAUUCACACUGAGAGAUGGAAGCUUGACCCUGGGCACGGGAGUGGUCACCAAAGUGCUGCCUCUGCUCACGGACAAUGAGCGCAUUGCUCUUGUGGAGGGCAAAAAGGCGCGCGAGAAGAAGGCAAAGGCCGUGGAGCAAGGAAAGUAGAAACAGUAACUAUUAGUGUAACUUUUAUUAUGAAGAAUAAAGAUAUGAAUUAAUAAAAUCAUUAAAAA